CACACACCUCUCGAUCAGCUCUUUGGCUCUAGCUAGCUCUGCUAUCGAGCAGUAACUUCGCGGCAGCAGCGACGGCGAGAAGGCAGCUGCAGUUGGACCGCCGGCGAGGAAACUGCCAUCAUCAUGCAACGGGACCAGGCGGAGAAGAGGGGGAAGGUGAAGAAGGGGUGGCUGGCCGUGCGGGUCGGCCAGGCGGAGCAGCAGGGCAACGGGUUCCGGCGGUUCGUCAUCCCCAUCGCGUACCUCUACCACCCGCUCUUCCAGCGGCUGCUGGAGGCGGCCCGGGACACGUAUGGCUACAACUCGGCCGGCCCGCUCUGGCUGCCCUGCUCCGCCGACGAGUUCCUCCGCCUCCGCGCGCUCGUCGACCGGGAGACGGCGCACUCGCACUCCUCCUCCUCGCACCGCGUGCACGUGCAGGCCGGCGGCCACCAGCAGCACGGCUACUCCUUCGCCCCGUGCACCCGCGCCAAAGUCACCUGCUGAUCGACCAACAUCGACCAUCCAGCCCCGGCCCGCCGGCUUUCGUCUGUUGAGCACCGAGAGCGCGCGAGCGGCGGGAGGUCAUCUUUCUGCCGGAGACGACACACAUGUACUCGUAGUACAUAGAGAGGGAGAGAGAUACCAGAUACAGAGACGCAUGAGAGGCAGUGAUUAGUCAGUUACCGGCGAGAGCUGGUAUAGCACAGGCCAAGAUUGGAUUGGUCCUUUUUGUGUUGAUGAUUGGUAUCAGGUGGUCGUCUGAUGAAACCAGUAAGCUUUUCGAUUUUA